AUGAUGUCGCCUUCUACCAGUACAGGCGUGAGCCUGCUGCUCGUAGCGGUCAGCGUCCUGUUCUACCUGUCAACACGUAAUCGCACACUGCCUGAUUAUGCGCCUGCGACGUUGCAUAAGGUAAAGAAAAGUCAUCACAAGCAGCAGAAGAACGACAAGUUGAGCGAACCCAAGCCCAUGACUGUUCGCAUCCUGUACGGCACGCAGACUGGUACUUCCAAGAAGAUGGCGGAAAAGCUGGAGAAGACGCUGUUUGCACUGAAUAUUGCCGGCUUUCACUUUCAAACGAGUGUUGUGAGCAUGAAGGACUACGAUCAGGACAACUUGGAGCAGGAGGACAUUGUAGUAGCCAUUCUGUCCACUUGGACGCACGGCAAACCGCCAAAAGAUGCGCAAAUGUUCUGCAACUGGAUCAAAGACAUGACACAGGACUUUCGUGUGUCGAAAACUUGGCUUAUUGGUGUCCCACAUGCUGUUUUUGGAUUGGGCAAUGCGGAGUACGAUGAGGACUACGGUACAGCUGCCAAGAACUUAGACCGUGACUUGGCUGAGCUGGGUUCACCGUCACUUGUGGCGUUGGGUCUAGGCGACGACAAUGUCGAUCAGUUUAAGCAGUUUGAUGUCUGGAUGGACAACUUGGUUGCUGCUAUGUGCGAGUACAGUUCGGAGAAAGUGGCUGCUGCAUUAAACAAAAGUGGAAGCCCGGUGAAGGUUGGUAAAGCUGGAAAGAAAGAGUGGUUGUCACAGAACGAGUUCCGUCGUCAAAAGAGAUCCGAGAAGGCGAAAGCUGCUGCAGCAAAUGGCGAGAGCGUUGAACUGAAUGAAGAGGAUCUCAUGAAUGAAGAGUUCUUGGUGGAUGAGUUCUCAGAUGACGAAGAGCAGAACCAACAGAACACUAAUGAUGACAGUGGUAUGGUGGAUGUGGAAGACAUUGGAAAGUCCAUGAAGGAGUCCGAAGCGGCAAGCAAGUCACGUGAGAUGGUCACCCCGAUGCAGCGCAAGGCUUUGACGAAAGAAGGUUACAAGAUUAUUGGUACACACAGUGCUGUGAAGCUCUGCCGUUGGACGAAACACCAACUGCGUGGGCGUGGUGGUUGCUAUAAGCACGCAUUUUAUGGAAUUACGAGCUACCAAUGUAUGGAAACUACCCCUAGUCUGGCAUGUGCCAACAAAUGCGUCUUUUGUUGGCGUCACCAUAAGAACCCGGUUGGUCGUGUGUGGCGCUGGAAGACGGAUGAUGCCGAGACACUUGUCAAAGGCUCUAUUGAGCGUCACCAAGGCAUGAUCAAGGAAUUGAAGGGUCUUCCUGGGUUGAUUCCUGCACGAUGGGAGGAAGCUUUUACGGUGCGUCACUGCGCGUUAUCACUUGUAGGUGAAGCUAUUAUGUAUCCGCAGAUCAACGAGUUCUGCAAACAGCUCCAUGACCGUCACAUUUCGUCAUUCUUAGUUACGAACGCUCAGUUCCCCGACAAGAUUGCUGCACUCGACCCGAUCACGCAACUUUAUGUCAGUGUUGAUGCCGGCACGAAGGAGUCACUGCGUGCUGUUGAUCGCCCACUGUUCAAGGACUUCUGGGAGCGGUUCCUGGCCUGUCUGGAAGAGCUCAAGCACAAGGGCCAACGCACGGUGUACCGUUUGACGUUAGUCAAGUCGUACAAUAUGGAAGAGCUUGACAACUACGCGGAGCUCAUCAACAUUGGUCAGCCUGACUUCAUUGAGGUGAAGGCCGUAACAUACUGUGGAAAGUCAGAUGGCUCUGACUUGACCAUGAAGAACGUUCCGUGGCAUGAGGAAGUGCGCGGGUUCUGCUCGGCUCUAUGUGACCGUGUGAGUGGAGAUUACGCUCUGGCAUCGGAGCAUGCGCACUCGAACUGUGUGUUGAUCGCAAAGAAGAAAUUCUGUCGCGAUGGGGUGUGGCACACUUGGAUUGACUAUACGCGUUUCCACGAGCUCGUUGCCAAGUUCUAUAAAGAUGGCGCGCUGUUUACAGCCGACGAUUAUACUGCUCCCACGCCGCAUUGGGCACUGUACGACUCGAAGGAGCAGGGUUUUGAUCCCGUUGAAACUCGGUUUCGUCGUACGAAGGACGGAAAGGUUACCGAAUUCGCCUACCAGUCUACUGAGUCGGGAUUAUCGUUCUGUUACGACUAUAAAGAGGGACGCAAAGAUGAAGUAGCAUCAAGUACUCCGUUUUCCGGGGUUGCAGAUAGAAAUGUAGACAAAAUGUGUCUGAGCGCAAUGUUUUCGCACCUGGUCGAACUUGCGGCACCGCACUCCACACAAGUUGAGGGCUAA